AUGCUGCGGGAGUGCACCGGUAUAAAUCUUGGUGGUUUCAAACAGGAAGAAGCUACGCUGGCACGAAUGACAGCCUACAGCAGGUUUGCUGCCCUCACUGGUGUGGCUAUGCAGGUGGCAGGAGCAAACUUAGAAGGGCAAUGCCCACAGCGGCUAGAACACUCUUACCAAAAUGGUAACUGGCAAACGAACAGUUUGCAAGUCAGAGUUGACAACUACAGAGGCUUUGAUAAAGCUGACCUCUACGUGGUCAGUGGCAAAUGUAUGUGUUGUGAGUGCUUAAGAUGCUGUGGGAGGAGAGACCCAAGGCCUCGUACUGUUUGGCUUGGCCAUCCGGAGAAGAGAGACCAGAGAUACCCUCGCAAUGUGAUCAACAAUCAGAAAUACAACUUUUUUACAUUUCUCCCUGGGGUGUUGUUUAAGCAGUUCAAAUAUUUCUUCAACCUUUAUUUCUUGCUUUUGGCCUGCUCUCAAUUUGUCGUUGAAAUGAGGCUUGGCGCACUUUACACAUACUGGGUUCCUCUGGGAUUUGUGCUUGCUGUUACCGUCAUCCGAGAGGCCGCGGAGGAGAUCAGAUGUUACAUGCGCGACAAGGAAGUGAACUCGCAGAUCUACAGCAAGCUCACAGCAAGAGGGACUGUGAAGGUGAAGAGCUCUAACAUACAAGUAGGCGACCUCAUCAUUGUUGAAAAGAACCAGCGGGUCCCUGCUGACAUGAUCUUCCUGAGGACGUCGGAGAAGAAUGGGUCUUGCUUCCUUCGCACUGACCAGCUGGAUGGUGAGACAGACUGGAAAUUGCGGCUGCCUGUUACCUGUACUCAGAGACUGCCAACUGCUUCUGACCUACUGCAAAUUCGAUCCUAUGUAUAUGCAGAAGAACCCAAUAUUGAUAUACAUAAUUUUGUGGGGACCUUCACAAGGGAGGACAGUGACCCUCCAGUAAAUGAAAGUUUAAGCAUAGAAAACACCCUAUGGGCCAGCACAGUGAUUGCAUCAGGUACUGUUGUGGGAGUUGUCCUUUACACUGGAAGGGAACUGCGCAGUGUGAUGAAUACUUCAAACCCAAGAAGUAAGAUUGGUCUUUUUGAUUUGGAAGUGAACUGUCUUACUAAGAUCCUGUUUGGGGCUCUUGUGGUGGUCUCGCUUGUCAUGGUGGCCCUUCAGCACUUUGCUGGCCGUUGGUAUCUUCAGAUCAUAAGAUUUCUCCUUCUGUUCUCAAACAUCAUUCCCAUUAGUUUACGUGUGAAUCUGGACAUGGGGAAAAUUGUCUACAGCUGGGUGAUCCGCAGAGAUUCCAAAAUCCCUGGGACUGUGGUUCGGUCCAGCACUAUUCCUGAGCAGCUGGGGAGGAUAUCCUAUUUGCUUACGGACAAAACAGGAACUCUGACACAGAAUGAGAUGGUCUUCAAGCGACUUCACCUGGGAACAGUAGCUUACGGCCUGGACUCCAUGGAUGAAGUACAGAGCCACAUAUUCAGUAUAUACACACAGCAAUCUCAGGACCCACCUGCUGUGAAGGGCCUUACCUUAGCCACCAAGGUGCGUAAAACCAUGAGCAGCCGAGUGCACGAGGCGGUGAAGGCAAUCGCGCUAUGCCACAACGUGACACCGGUGUACGAGUCCAACGGCGUGACAGACCAGGCUGAAGCCGAGAGACACUAUGAGGACUCCUGCAGGGUGUACCAGGCCUCCAGUCCUGAUGAGGUGGCCCUGGUACAGUGGACCGAGAGCGUGGGUUUAACGCUGGUGGGCAGAGACCAGUCCUCCGUGCAGCUGAGGACACCGGGUGGCCACAUCCUGAACUUCACCAUCCUCCAGAUCUUCCCCUUCACUUAUGAGAGCAAGCGCAUGGGGAUAAUUGUUCGGGAUGAAUCAACAGGAGAGAUCACCUUCUACAUGAAGGGGGCUGAUGUGGUGAUGGCUGGGAUUGUGCAGUACAACGACUGGCUGGAAGAGGAGUGUGGUAACAUGGCUCGGGAAGGCCUGAGGGUUCUUGUCGUAGCCAAGAAGUCUCUGACGGAAGAGCAGUAUCAAGACUUUGAAGCACGCUACGUCCAGGCAAAGCUAAGUGUGCACGACCGCUCCCUGAAGGUAGCCACAGUCAUUGAGAGCCUGGAAAUGGAGAUGGAGCUGCUGUGUCUCACUGGCGUGGAGGAUCAGCUGCAGACGGAUGUCAGACCCACUCUGGAGACGCUGAGAAAUGCUGGCAUUAAGGUGUGGAUGCUGACAGGGGAUAAGUUAGAGACAGCCACGUGUACAGCCAAGAAUGCACAUUUGGUGACACGGACACAGGACAUCCAUAUAUUCAGACUAGUGACUAACCGUGGAGAAGCCCAUCUAGAGCUGAAUGCCUUCCGCCGGAAACACGACUGCGCUCUUGUUAUUUCUGGUGACUCGCUGGAGGUGUGUCUGAAAUACUAUGAGUAUGAGUUCAUGGAGCUGGCUUGCCAGUGCCCUGCCGUCGUGUGCUGCAGAUGCGCUCCGACGCAGAAGGCCCAGAUCGUGCGAUUGCUCCAGGAAAGGACCGGGAAACUCACCUGUGCAGUAGGUGAUGGAGGGAAUGAUGUUAGCAUGAUUCAGGAGGCUGACUGCGGUGUUGGAGUUGAAGGAAAGGAAGGAAAACAGGCAUCACUUGCAGCCGAUUUCUCUAUCACGCAGUUUAAACAUCUGGGUCGUUUACUAAUGGUGCAUGGAAGGAACAGUUACAAACGGUCUGCAGCUCUCAGUCAGUUUGUAAUCCACAGGAGCUUGUGCAUCAGUACAAUGCAGGCUGUUUUCUCAUCAGUAUUUUACUUUGCUUCAGUUCCUCUCUACCAAGGCUUCCUCAUCAUUGGGUACUCCACAAUUUACACGAUGUUUCCAGUGUUUUCUCUAGUCCUGGACAAGGAUGUUAAAUCUGAAGUUGCAAUGUUGUACCCAGAGCUCUACAAAGAUCUUCUUAAGGGACGACCGUUAUCAUACAAAACAUUUUUAAUAUGGGUCUUAAUAAGCAUCUAUCAAGGUAGCAUCAUCAUGUAUGGAGCACUCCUCCUUUUUGAAUCUGAAUUUGUCCACAUUGUCGCCAUUUCCUUCACGUCCUUGAUUCUCACCGAGUUACUGAUGGUAGCUUUGACAAUCCAGACGUGGCACUGGCUCAUGAUAGUGGCUGAGCUGCUUAGUCUCUCCUGCUACAUAGCUUCUCUGGUCUUCUUACAUGAGUUUAUUGAUGUUUACUUCAUUGCAACUUUGUCGUUCUUGUGGAAAGUCACCGUCAUCACUCUGGUGAGCUGCCUUCCCCUCUACGUCCUGAAGUACCUGAGACGAAGGUUUUCUCCCCCAAGCUAUUCGAAGCUGACAUCCUAG